AUAUCGUUCAAAAUGUGAUUGGUUGGAGGCAGUCACUCGGCAGUGUGUUUUCUGCUUGAAAUUAAGCGAACAAACCAGUUCGUAUCGAGCUGUAAAACAGCAGUAGUGUUAGAUUUGGACUGGGCAUCGUUCGCCUUUCCGCUUUGAUGGACGCCAUCCUGUCCUGGCUGUUCUCCUCAGAGGAGCAGGAGUUGUACAUUUUGGACUGUAUGGCUUACUUCAUGGAUUUCAUGGCAGCCUGCACCUUUGUUAGUUUACUUUUCCAGAACGUCCCAUACGGAAGGUAUGCUUCGAGCAAAUAUGGGUUUCCUGUCAAUGUGAAGUUUGCCUGGUUCGUUCAGGAGCUGCCUUCAUUAUUGUUGCCUCUGUGUUUGGUGUUAUGGACAUCUUCCUCUAAAACAUCUCUGCUACCAAACCAGCUCCUCAUUGCCAUGUUCCUCUGCCACUAUGUUCAGAGAACCCUCAUUUAUCCAUUUUUAAUUAGAGGGGGUAAAGCAACACCAUUCGCCUCAUUUGCCCUGGCCUUAGUCUUCUGCAUCUACAAUGGUUACAUGCAGGUCCGAUACCUGAGUCAUUAUGCUGAGUACCCUGCAGACUGGGUUACACAACCACGCUUCAUCAUAGGUUCUGCGCUUUGGCUGGUCGGCUGGCUGAUGAAUAUCCACUCUGACCACAUCCUGAGGAACCUGAGGAAGCCCGGCGAGACUGGCUACAAGAUUCCAAGAGGCGGAAUGUUUGAAUACGUGUCCGGAGCCAACUUCUUGGGAGAGAUAACCGAGUGGGCCGGCUUCGCUCUGGCGGGCCACUCCGCUCACAGCUCAGCUUUCUCCAUCUUCACCACAGUGGUCCUCGCCAACCGGGCUGUGGCCCACCACAAAUGGUAUCUUGCUAAGUUUGAAGACUACCCUAAAAGCAGGAAAGCCCUGAUUCCCUUUCUGUUCUAGAAAGCUGCAGAACCAGACUGGAAGGCAUUUCUCACGGCACCUGAACAGAACUUUAUAUUGUUUUCUUACUUUCUUUCUAAUUUUCUAACCAUGAAUACAGUCUGGCACAGCAGUUGGAUGCUUGGAAAUGAUGUCAGUUAUUAUUCAGGUUAAUAAUAAGUUCAAAAGAUAUUGCAUCACUAAUGACAUUCAUAAAGCAACAGGAAACCCCAACAACCUCAGCAUAAAUGUAGUUGGAGUUAUGCUUACAACACUUAUGCAAUAAUCUGCAGUGAACUGAACAGGGAAAGAAGUCAACUGCAACAGCAGGGGAUGCCCCUGAGAUCCAGAUUCUGUUACAGAUGGACUACAAACCUGGAAAUUUACACUCUGGAAUCUUAUAUUUAUGCAUUCACCUUGGAUGAAGACCCUUUAAAGCCGGUUGUCCUGCUUCGUCGUUGUCAGUAUAACACUGGGGAGAUCUAAAAAACCAGGAAGAUGAGCCUUUGGAACAGAGCGUAACAGUAAAACCUGAGGCUGUAUCCGGCCUCUCCCUGGCCCAGCAGCUGCAGGAACACUGUUCAAUCCGAGAUUCAGCACCUCCUCUCAAUAACUCAGCCAUGCCUGAAAUGAGGAGAUGAGAGACCUGCCUCAGCACUGUUUGGGUUUCUACGAAUCAAUGAAGAAGAGGAACUCCCUGAUAAAUGUGGGUAGUAUGUCAAAGCUGCAUCGCUGCUGGUACUGAAUGGAUGAUGUGCAGUGCUUAAAAAGACAGAAACCCUGAAAAAAUAUCCAGUGGGAAUGUUAGCAUUGAUUCUAAAAUCUCCUAGCUUCUGGUAAUGUUUUAUGGGAACUGUUCUUGUAAGAUCAUUUGGCCUUUGUGAGUGAGGAACUGUGGAAUGGGUAGUACAGUUAUAGAUCUAUAAUAAAGGACAAGAUCAGCAUUAGGUGCCACUAAUUUCUGAAAACAAAGAAAUGUACAAGAUAGCAUGACACCAGCUUACAGCUGGUUGACUUGGUACACACAUGGUUCCUUGACAAACUAUUCAGAUGGCUUGAAUGUUUCCACAUUAGUAGCAUUAUUGAAAGGCCAACACCAAGUAGUGCAUAGUUGGGAAGAGGGAGGAAAAUUCCAAGUAAUUUUCUUUUUAUUUUCAUAAGUAAAAAUCGAAAAAGUCUGGCAUCUGUAUUGACUCCGCAUACCAGAGAGUAGAAGCACCCUUUGCUGUAAGUCUUUUGGGAUAUUUCUCUACCAGCAAAUCCUUUUCUUUUUCUUUGCAAAAUAGCUCAAACUUUGAUCAAAAUGAAAGCAUCUAUCAACCGCAGCUUUCGCUGUUUUUCUGCCACCGUUUCUCUUUUCCCUAAACCAUUCCAUUGUAGCUCUGGCUGCAUGUUCCAAGUUGAAUUUUGGCCUCAUCUGACCAGAGCACAUACUUACACGUUUGCUGUGUCCUCUGCAUAGCUUGUGUGCAAACUGCACACAAUCUCUGUAGUUCCUCCAGAGUUACUACAGACGUCUUGGCUGCUUCCCUAAGUAAUGCUCCCCUUGCCCAGCCAGGUGGAUGGAUGGCCAUGUCUUUGCAGGGCUGCAGUUGUGCCGUCCUCCCUCUGUUUUCAGAUAAUGGAUUGAACAGUCUUCUGUACGCUGUUCAAAGCUUGGCAUAUUCUUUAAUAACCUAACUCUGCUUUGAACUUCUUUCCAUCUUUAUCCCUGACAUGUCUUCUGUGUUCCUUGGUCUUCAUGAUGCUGUUUGUUCAUUAAUGUUCUCUAACAAACCUCUGAGGCCUUCACAUGCGGACCCUGUUGACUGAUUUAGAUGACUUCUGAAAACAGGAGGUGGCUCUUGAUUGUAUUGAGGGGUGUCUGAGUAAAGGGGGUGGAAUACAAACAAAUGCCACCCAUUUUAGGGUUUUUAUUUGGAAACCAUAUUUUCCUUUCACUUGACAAUUAUGCACAACUUAGUGUUGGUCUGUCGCAUACAAUCCCAAUAAAUUCUAUAGGUUUUCAUGGCAGCAACAUAACAAAAUGUUAAAUGUUUAAGUGAUGCUAUUUAGUGUUUGUUUUUACGGAUGCUAUGUUUCAACCUUUGUAUUUUGUUGUCAUUUUUACACCCAGAAUCAUCAAUAAAAUAAUAUCUGCUGCA